AUGUUCUAUUUUCCAAAACUCUUACUUGCUUUAUCUAAUCUCCUGGCACUCAUCAAAGCCUAUACCGAACACGAAGAAGUCCCAAAAUUUGUGAAAACUGUGGAGUUCGUCCUUGAGCAUAUUUUUGGCCCUCCUACAGAUCCAUACUCAUUUGGUGCUGUUACAAAGAAUGUUACAGAGAUGGUCAACAGGUACUCGUCGUGCUUUCUGUUGGAUCGCUUUGUAAUUGUGGCGAAUGAGUCUGUAAUGGAAGAUGCAGCCGUAUGUUUGACAGAUUAUCAACAGUAUUUUACUGGCAUUGUCAUUGUCAAUAUGACUGACAAUGCAACCGAGUUCGAGCCGCUGACAACCUACAAAAUACGUCAUCUAUUUAGUUUUGUUGAUAGUACCUCUUACUACACAGACAGUCCACGACGGGUGUUUGAUCGAAAUGCUCCUUUCAAUGAUCUCAAAUACCUCACUUAUGGGUUCUCCUUCCUGCAAGGUAAGUAUUCACCGCUUUGGACGUGCUGAAU